GACACAUUUGCAGACUUUGAUACCAUGACAGAUCGCUUGUUGGAUGAGAUCAUUCAGCACAUCCAGCUGUACAACCUCUCCAUAUCCCGAAUUAGCUUCAUUGGCCACUCGCUUGGCAACAUCAUCAUCCGGUCGGUCCUAACGCGGCCCCGGUUCCGGUAUUACCUCAACAAACUGCACACAUUCCUGUCGCUGUCCGGGCCUCACCUGGGGACCCUGUACAACAACAGCACGCUGGUUAGUACAGGCUUGUGGCUCAUGCAGAAAUUAAAGAAAUCCGGGUCCCUUCUGCAGCUGACCUUCAGGGAUAAUGCUGAUCUACGCAAAUGUUUCCUCUACCAACUCAGCCAGAAAACAGGUCUGCAGUAUUUUAAAAAUGUCGUGCUGGUAGCUUCUCCCCAAGAUCGCUACGUGCCAUUUCAUUCAGCCCGGAUCGAGAUGUGCAAAACUGCCCUCAAAGACAGACACACGGGGCCCGUGUACGCGGAGAUGAUCAAUAACCUUCUGCGCCCUCUGGUUGAGGCCAAGGAUUGCACUUUGAUCCGACACAACGUGUUCCACGCCUUGCCCAACACUGCCAACGCCCUGAUUGGCCGUGCCGCCCACAUCGCCGUGCUGGACUCAGAGCUCUUCCUGGAGAAGUUCUUCCUGGUGGCGGGGCUCAAAUACUUCAAGUAGUAGGGGGAGGGAGCCUUGCCGGAAGCCUGGCGAUCCGCGAGAGCUUUAGCUGAGACGUCCUUGUACAGCCCGCUGCCACUCCAGGAAGAGCUCGGAGAGGAAGGCACCGAGGCAAGGAGGGUGGGGUGGGACCGGCCAUUCGAGGUGCUUCCAUUUUGGAGAUGUGGGAAAGCUGAACCAGUACAGUAACGCAGAAGACAAGACUUUGCCCGAACCUGUCUAGCCACCUGGAGUCUCCUUCAAGAUAUGGAGGGAAACUAUGACAAAAUAAAGCAACAGAAUACUUGGGA